GGGAAGAGAGCUACUCAAACGUCCAUUUUAAAGGGAGACAUAUGUUAGCCGGGCUCUACAUGGGGUUUUGGUGUAUAUAAUAGGGGGUAUAAAAAAUAAAGUUCGCUAGCCAGCGAGUUAGUUGUCGGUUUAGAAUGGCGAAUAAUGGGGAUGAUGUAACUGACGCACAGUUUACGAUCAAAGAAGGCGAUUGCGUGGUAUUGAAAAGAGGGGAUGUUUUCAAAGCAGCGCAAAUACAAAAGAAGAGGAAAGUCAUUUUCGAAAAGCAGUGGUUCCUCCUUGACAAUGCGAUUGGGGAGCUUUACGGAACCACAUUUGAAGUUGCCUCAGGUGGAACACUACAGCCGCUAAAACCAAAACAUAACGAGUGUUCAGCAGAGAUCAAAGAGGCAGGGACGGAUAACAGGAACAUCGUGGACGAUGGAAGAUCGCAGAAACUCACCAGAGAUGACAUAGAAACGUUAAAAGGACAAGGACUUAAGGGACAAGAAAUUGUACAGCAGCUGGUCGAAAACAGCACAACCUUCAGGGAUAAAACAGAAUUUGCUCAGGAGAAAUACAUCAAGAAGAAAAAGAAAAAGUAUGAAAAUAUCGUAACAAUACUGAAGCCUUCUACUCGCAUCCUAGCACAGAUGUAUCAUGGCAGGGAACCUGGGAAAAUCUGUCACCUGCGUUAUGACAGCCUGGCCCAGAUGCUCACCCUGGGGAAUGUCCACGCGGGGACCAAGAUGAUCGUGUUUGAGACUUGUGCUGGUCUGGUAUUAGGGGCAGUCAUGGAGCGAAUGGGAGGCCACGGCUCCGUGAUCCAGAUGUACCCGGGGGGAGGCCCGGUGCGGGCCGCCACCGAGAGCUUCGGCUUCCCCGAGCGCUUCCACCAAACGCUGCACGAGUUCCCCCUCUGCAAAGUGAACGCCCUGCUGGCGGGGAAGCUGUCGCUGGACGCAGAGGGGAAAGGCGAGGAGGCGGACGCGGGGCCGGGGGACGCCCCCGGGGCUGUCCCGGCAAACCCCGCGGCGAUGGAGGGGGAGGAGGGGAGCCCGGAGGCAGAGAGCAUGGACACCAGCCCAGAGGGGCCAGGGAAGGAGAGGGAGGAGAGGGACAGACGCAGGGAAGAUAAAGCCCAGGAGAAGAAGGUGAAGAUGGCAGAGAAGAGGAAGAAAUUGUCUGCAGCUGCCGCUCUGUUACAGGGGAGAGAUGCUGAUGGGUUGGUGAUUGCCAGUCGCCUCCAUCCCUGCCCCGUUCUCCUGGGCCUGCUGAAAUUCGUGGCCCCGUCUCGCCCCUUCGUGGUGUUCUGCCAGUACAGAGAGCCGCUGAUUGAGUGCUACACCAAGCUCAGGGAACAAGGUGGCGCCAUCAACCUCCGGCUCUCGGAGACCUGGCUCAGACAUUACCAGGUGCUGCCCAACAGGACACACCCUGUGUUACUGAUGAGUGGAGGAGGAGGCUAUCUUCUGUCAGGGACCACCGUCAUGGCCGAAGCCUCCCAGCCCUCCGGCUCACAAAGAGCAGAGGAGCCUUCUCUCAAAAGAAAACUAGCGGAGACCGAAGGCUAAUAUCACAAGACAGUCUAGGUUUUUUAAUAGUUAAUAUUGUUAUUUUUCUGGAACGAUGCCGAAAGAACCAAAUUCUGUUUUACUUUGAGAUGCGAGUGGGAAGGAAGACGAUACAGAGAGCCUGUUUCGCCCACUUAAGCUGCUUCUAACUGAACUUUCAAUCAUCCAAACAGUUUAGGAGUUUAUUUUUCAUUUUAUUUUACAGCAAGUGCCAAGCAGAAAACUAAAUGUUUCAUUAUGGCAGGCCUGUACAGUGAAUUACAAACCCA